AUGACUCAUCCUAAAAAUCAUCGUGAUAAGGUAGGAUAGGGUAAAGUGAGGCGGGAAAAAUGUAAAACAGUGCAGGGUAAAAUAAGGCUGUAGGGUAAAAAACGUAAAGCAUGAUAAGUUAGGGCUUGAUAAGGCAGGAUAAAGUAAAGUAGGGUAAGCAAACUAAAAGCAUAAUAAGUUAGGGCAUGAUAAGGUAGGAUAGGGCAAAGUAAGGUGAAAAACGUAAGGUAGGGUAAAGUAAGGUAAGAAACGUAAGGCAUGAUAAGGUAAAGCAUGAUAAGGAAGGGCAUAUAAGGUAGGACAUGAUAAAGUAGAGCAUAAUAAAGUAGGGCAAGUUAAAAUAAGGCUGGAUAAAGUAAGACAUGAUAAGGUAGGACAUGACAAGAUAGGGAAUGUUAAAUUAAAGGCUUGAGUAAGGCGAGGUAGGAUAGGGUAGGUUAGGGUGGCGUAAAGUAUGGUAAAAAAAGGUAGGAUAAGGUAAGGAAGAGUAGGGUAAGGUAGGAUAGGGUAAGCUAGGGUAAAGUAGGGUAAAGUAAGAUAGAUUAGGGUAAGAUAGGGUAAAGCAGAGUAGGGUAAGGUAGAAUAGGGUAGGGUAGAGUAGAGUAGAGUAGGGUAGGGUAGGAUAGGGUAGGGUAAGAUAGGGUGGGUAGGGUAGGGUAGAAUAGGGCAAGGUAUGUUAGGAAAGAAUAGGGUAAGAUAAGCCACUUGUUAAAAUUUAAUUUCAAAUUUAAGAUUCCAGCAGCCAAUAGAACCUGGAUGAAGCAUGUUGACUAUGUCGAAGUACAUACUCAUACCAAAAUGAAUGAGUCCAACAUACCGUACCGCACUUUGUAUGCAGGCCUAAAAGAAGAUAGAAGUGAAUUGUGGUGUAAAGUUAAAAGGUCAUUUCAGUAUGCUUAUUUGAAUGUGUCAAAGAAAUUUGACUGGUAUAUUAAGAUUGAUGACGAUACCUAUGUCAUCGCUGACAAUUUGAACAAAUUUUUGAAAACUUUGGAUCCAAACAAGCCUGUUUUUGCUGGUGGGAGGUUAGCUCCUUUUGUGGUGAGUUUUCAUGCUUAAAACAGCUUUAGAGAGGAGGGGGUGAGAAAAAAAGCUAGAGUUGAAUUUGGAAAGGGGGAGGGGUAACAGAAGUAAAAAGUUGGCGGAUGCGUAGGUAGGAAGAUUAGGUUGAAGGGGAGGAGUAGAAAAAAAUAAUUUUUUUGAAAUUUUCUGACUUUCCAUACCCUAGCAUUUCAGAAAAACGGCUACGUCUCCGGUGGAAUAGUGAUUUUGAGCAGAAAAACACUCGAAUUACUGGUUUAUAAUGUCUUUCCACAUAUCACAACAUCGUGCAAGCAGGGAGAACUAGACGAUCUGGAGUUGGGGAAGUAAGUUGAAAUCUGGUUUUAGAGUUAAAAUUUCAUUUCUAAGCCCAAAUUUUCGCUUUUAGGCCUAAAUUUUAUCUUUAAGCCCAAAAUUUAUUUAUAAGCCUAAAAUUACAUCUUUAAGCCCAAUUUUUUUAAGCCUAAAAUGCAUUUAUAAGUUAAAAAAUUAACUUUUAAGGCUAAAAUGCCAUUUUUAAGCCUAAAUUCAUUUCUAAGACUAAAAUGCCAGUUUUAAGCCUAAAUUCAUUUCUAAGUCUAAAAUACCAUUUUUAAGCCUAAAUUCAUUUCUAAGUCUAAAAUGCCAGUUUUAAGCCUGAAUUCAUUUCUAAGCCUAAAAUGCCAGUUUUAAGCCUAAAUUCAUUUCUAAGCCUAAACUGUCAGUUUUAAGCCUAAAUUUUACUUCUAAAUCUAAAAUUUUGUUUCUAAGCCUAAAAAUUUAUUUCUAUGCUUAAGAUGCCAUUUUUAAGCCUAAAUUUCAUUUUUAAGACUAAAAAUUCUUUUUGAACCUUUAAAGUUCAUUUUAAAGCCUAAAACUUCAUUUCUAAUCCUUACAUUCUAUUUCUAGGCAAUUAGAAAAACUAGAAAUCUACCCAAUACCAACUCGAGACUCCGAUGACAAAGCCUUGUUUCACAUUUUUACUGCCGACGAAACAUAUCAUGGCUACAACGAUACUCGAAUUGACUUUGGUACUUACUAUAAAGACAAAUUGAGACCUGGCUUCGAAGAGUUUUCAAAAGAAUCCAUCGCUUUUCACCAUCUUACUGUCAAUGAACUAUAUUUAUUCGAAAUUCUAACUUAUAUUGUCAGGAAGCACUAA